CUGUUUCCGUGAUUUUAUAGAGUAAACAUUUAUUGAAAACUUGAAUAUCAGCAUUGUGUUCACUUUUAAAUAAACUAUUUGUGUAAUGAACUUGUGUAGUACUUAACAUAAUGCUACUUUAAAUGUAAAACCGUCAGCCCCCUUACACCCUAUAAUUUAUCGACACAAAUCUGUGUCUCGUAUAACAUUUAAAAUCUUGAAUAAAUUUACUUUGAAAAUCAAAUUUUCACAAUAACAUUUUUCAUGUGUUGCAGUGGGCAUCAGUGGAGGUGGAUCAUCACAGAGUUUCUCAGUGAAGAUGUUUGCAGCCUGUGGCUCGGUUGCUGUCGCGCGCGUCCUCGUGUCGCGUCUGAUCCGCACACAGUUCUUCUGAGAUGAUCGACGCUCCCCGCUGACCGCUCCUUCUCUCGGCGCCUCCUCUACUAAUAACGGAGAGGACAGACUCAAUGGUGGUGGGAGGUUCAAGCUCACAGAGAUCCAGAGCGGAUUCCUCAUCUCUCCCCAGAAGCUCUCCAUCAUGCUCCACGCCUGCUGAUUCUGAAGGAGAAGACUUGCUGGGACUGCGUAUAGAGGGACAGGCAUGCGACAGAAGGUGUGCGUGCUUCCGCGGACUCGUCCCGGAGAAGAUGCGCUGGAGUGAAGUGACGUUCAGCUGACAGCAGCGUUAACUUUCACGCCAACCGCGGACAUCUGAUCAUCUGCAGUGCUUGAAUUUGCAGGAGUAUGGAAAACAGAUGAAAUAACACUGGAGUGUCAUGAGAGCGAAACUGGGGACUGUUUUGGAGUCUGUGCACGUGGUCCCUGGAUUGACUCUGGAUCAUGCUGUGACUGACAGCUAGCUUCAAAUUAAAUCAAACCGCUGGAAGGACUUUAUUGCGAUUAAAACCUGUGGUCCAGGUGGAUUAUGAGAUUCUUUCAGAGUCAGCAGGAUGCUGUGAGUCCACGAGUGGCGUGAUGAGAAGUUUCGCGUUGGUUUCGGAGAGUUGUGAACGCAACUUGAGCGCUCAGGAUGUCUCAGGGACUCUGCGAUGGAUUUUUCUCUAAAACCUGCACAUUUAUCCAGAGAGAUAGAGGUUGAUAAUCCUCACGUUUAUAGAAGGAUCUCAGAUUCUGGAGAUAUUUGGAGCAUAUCAGUAGGCUGAGGUUGUGAUGAAUCGAGACUCGUGGACGGAAUGCAUUUUAAAGAAGACUCUGGAUUUUCUGAAGUUGCACAGUGGCAUAUGGAAAUAUGAAGAUAUAUAGAUCAUGCAUGUAAAGACAGAAACAGCUAAUAACAAACAUCACGUUGCUUUAUCAGAGUAAUGGAUUCAGACAGCGUGUGUUUUUCAGCACAUUAUUAUACUGACGUACAGGAUCAAAACAUUUGCUUUAUGAAUACAGAAAUGGCUGGCAAAUACUUCUGCACAACUCCCAAUAAUGCGCUGACUUGAUAGUGCUUUGAUUUCUAAUAUAAAGUUGGGAAGGUCUUCUGCUCAUCAGUAGAUGACUGACGCUUCAACAGGUGACUGAGUGGUCCGUGCAAAAUCAGAAUGCUCGUGUUGGUAUGAGAGCUUAUCCCGUGGGUUUACAGUCGACCCGCUGUUCUUCCUUCUUUUCCUGCCCUGCUUCUCGCUGUCCACAUGCAGGCGAAGAAGCGAUACCUGCUGGUAUCUGUGGGGGCCUGUAGCCUCUUACUAGCCUACCUGUGUGGUCUACAAAUCGGUGAGUUCCAGAACAAUGCCCAGCUUUAUGGAGUCUCACAGAUCGCCGGUGUCCCACCUCGGCCGCCCCGUUGGCCAGAAUGGGUGGAUCCUCCCCUGCAGACGUACCUUGGUGAGGCCGAGCAGGAAGAGGAUGGACCCCUGCUUCUUCAUCAACACACGUCUCCUCACGAGAGACGAGAAAUCCAGAAGAACAUCUACAAGAGCCGGCGAUGUCGCAUGGAGACCUGUUUCGAUUUCCAGCGCUGUGAACGGGGGUUUAAAAUUUACGUGUAUCCGCCUCAGAAAGGUGAAGCGCCCUCGGAAAGCUACCAGAAGAUUCUGGCUGCCAUCGAGGAAUCGCGGUUCUACACAACAGACCCUAAUGAGGCCUGUCUGUUUGUAUUGAGCAUAGACACUCUAGACAGGGACCAGCUGUCCGCUCAGUAUGUACAUAACGUCCGAGCCCGAAUUCAAAGCCUCCCUCUGUGGUACGAAGGGAGAAACCAUCUGAUUUUUAACUUGUACUCUGGAACGUGGCCUGAUUAUACGGAGGAACUAGGCUUCGAUAUCGGCCAAGCCAUGCUGGCCAAGGCCAGCACCGAUAUGGACAACUUUAGACCACGUUUUGAUGUGUCCAUUCCUUUGUUUUCAAAAGACCAUCCUCAGAAUGGAGGGAGCAAAGGUAAUCUGAAUCUUAACAAUGUCCCUCCAUUACGGAAAUACUUGCUGGUCUUCAAAGGGAAGAGGUAUCUAACUGGCAUCGGUUCUGAAACCAGAAAUGCCUUGCAUCAUAUACAUAAUGGGGAUGAUAUCAUUUUAUUGACUACCUGCAAACACGGGAAGGACUGGGAGAAACAUAAGGAUGCAAGGUGCGACAGAGACAAUGAAGAAUACACAAAGUAAGUCCCACGUUUUCCUGUCUUUAUCACGCUGGUGUGAGGAUUGUAGCUAGUCUCUAAAGAAAUAGUUCACAUAAAUGUGAAAAGUAUAUCUUCAUGUUGCUCCCAACCUGCAUGACCUUAUUUCUUCUUUAUUUGUCCAUACAAUGAAACUCAAUGAGGGACAAAUGUGUCCUUAAAAUAUCUUCUUUUUGGUGAGUGGAAGAAAGAAAGUCAUAUAGGUUUGGGACGACAUGGGGAUGAAUAUAUAAUGACAGAAUUUUCACUUUUGAGUGAACCAUUGCUUUCAUUUGUAUGUGCAGGGUUUUAAAUUUCAGUGAAGCUACUGAGAUGCAGAUUGUUUUUUGCUCGACUCAUAUGAAUCUUUGAUGGUGGUUUUACGUUUAUGUUCAUUUGUGGUCAUUUAAAGGUUAACCUAGUAAACGCAAUGGCAGUAUUUAAUGUUAGAGCGAUUUAGACUGUUGCUUGUUUUGUACUCUAGACUGUAGUGUUCAUGUAGUUAUCAUGGGAAUACUGCUAUAAAUGGAAGUGGUGUUGCAUUUGUCUAGCUCAGGAAAAAAAGUGCUGUGGAAAAGGACUCUAGGGGUCUCUUAGCCCGAAACAAAGCCAAUCUUCAUCUGUUUGUGACAUUAAUGUGAACAGUUUGUGUAAAUGCACUGUUUUUGUGAGAUUUAUGUUAUAGAGUGUAAUUCUCUUCGGUACAAUAACAAGAACAUGAUUGCCUUGUAUUGUAAGGAUGUGUGUGCAAUGCAAAUAGUUUAUUUUUUUUUUUUGCUAAGAUGUGAGCUUUAUACACUGACCUCAUGUGCAACUAGUAGCAAUAAUAGAAAGCACCUUCUAUGAAUCAAGGUUUAUUUGUUAGAUAUAUAUUGUGUUUUUUAAAACAGAUAUUUAUUUUAACUCUGUACUAUAAGACACAUACAUAGCCUGGGUCUCUCACUGAUGUUUAUGAACACCUGUCAAAGAGCAGGGUGGAAUUAUGUUUGGGAGUGUAUAUUAAUUCCAAAAAGUAUUUUUGGAGUGGUCUAUUACUAUGUAAUUACCAUGUAAUUACAUAGGUGCAGUUGUAUUUCCAAUUUCUGAAUGUUAUACAAGAAAAGCAGACUUACAAAGACAUAGGUUACAGUGUGUACUAGGGAUCAUGGCUGUCACAAGGAAAAUCUCACUGUGACAGAAGCAAAAAGACGGAGUGUCGCUUCAAAAUGCUAAAGUUGCAAAUAAAAACAGUGUUUAAGCUCAUUAAGUUUUAACAACUGUCUAUACACUAUACAAACUAAAAAAAUGAAAGUACAAAAACAUAUGGAAGUAAUCAUUUUUACAUUGGUUGCCACAAGGAGAAUCGCAAUGUGACUGAAGUGAAAAGCCAGAGUGUUGUUUCAAAUUGUUAAAGUUGCAAAUGGUGCAAAUAAACCAGUGUCAACAAGCAUUUUAACAACAGUCUAAACACUAUACACAUUUUGGGAAUAAAAAAAACGCCAGUUUUAAAUCAAAUUGACCCUCAUUUUCUCAUUACAUAUUUAUGAUUUAGAUGAUGAUGGUUCAGAACAAUAGUUAUAAUUAAACCAGUAAGUACCACAUAUAGGACAGAUGAAAUCAAAGCAUACAGGAUUACAAAUAUAGGGCUGGGAAUCGUUGGCUUCCUUGACUUCGAUACCAGUUCCUGAAUAAUACUUUUUUUUUUUAUACCAAUUUUAUGAAAUCCGUUUGAACAAGAUUAAAUUACACAUUACCUCAAAAAAAAAAAAAAAAAAAAAAAAAAAAAAACGUUUUGGUUUUAUUUUUUCAGCUUAUUGACAUUUUUACAGACCCAAAGACUGAUCUCCUGAGCCAUAGCACAAAGGAACAAAAAAUCACAAAGGAAUAAAUUAUAACCAACACAAUAAAUCAUUGCAAAUAGUCAAAAUAGUUUUCAGUUUCCACAUCUUUUAGGCUACAUUUACACUAGUGCAUUUUUGUUUUUAAAAUGCAUAGCUUAGACAGAAUCAUAAUUUCUAUAAAUUUUCCACUGAUUUACUGAUGUGCAUUAGCUGCUUCCAGUGCUGUCUCAGUCUGUUUUUCUUCCACGAUUGCUGUUCUGACUGUUCUGAGAGGAAGCUUAUUCACUGCUCAUCUUUCACUCAUAUUACCUGUCCUGUCUCCUAUUAGAACAUCCAUUACACUUUCGUGUUCAGUUCUGUACAUAAGAAACACAGGAAAACAUUUCCACGGAUGAAACAUGAAGCUAUUAAACACACGAUUACGACAGUAUUUGAUUUGUAUGUGAUUUUCAUGAGAUUCUGUCUAUUUUUAUAACAAUACAGGGUGUUUACAUGAGAAACGCUAAGCAGGUGUAGCGAUUAGCUUAAAGGGAUACACCAUCCCAAAAUGAAAAUUUUGUCAUUAAUCACUUACCUCCAUGUCGUUCCAAACCCGUAAAAGCUUCGGAACACAAUUU